UUGCUUCAUUUCGUACCGUAUGAAAUUGGGAACAGGAGAUUAAGCUUACAGAGUCAGUGGUGAUGGAGAAGACAAAGAGAUACCUGGAGAAGCUUGGCGAUGAUGCGUCCGCCAUCGAUGUCCUUCCCUUCAGGUUUUAUGAAAACUUCAUUAUGACUGGUAUUCGCGUUGAUCUCAUCCAACCUGGUCGUAUCCUUUGCUCUCUCAAAGUCCCUGCUCGUUUGCUCAACGAGAACAAUUCCUUGCACGGAGGUGCUUCGGCCUCACUCGUCGAUUGUAUUGGUUCUGCAGCGUUAAAGACUUUGGGCGCUACCACCACCGGAGUCUCCCUCGAAAUUAACCUCUCCUACUUAGAUGCUGCUUAUCUCGAUGAGGAGAUCGAGAUCGACAGCAAAGUUUUGCGCAUGGGAAAGACCAUAGCAGUAAUUAAUGUCGAAUUGAGGAGAAAAAGCAAUGGUAAAAUUAUUGCUCAGGGUCGCCACACCAAGUACCUUGCCUUCUCAAGCAAGUUGUAGUUAUAAACAUCUUUCAGUAUUUUGAUCUUGUAUUGCCAAACCAUAUUCCUCUGCUUCAUGAAUUGACAUUGCAAAUUACUUUUUGUAGCUUCAACUGAAAGAAAUGUAACGAUAAUAAUCUUUUCUAGA